AUGGAACUAAACCUCUCUACACCCACAUCAUGUUCCUCCAGCAGCAUCUCAUCAUCUUCGCAUGAGGCCAUCCCUAGGACCAAGGGUAAAACGAAAGAGGAGGUCACGGCUGAGCCGUCGAAGGAGAAUCAGCAGCGGCUAGAGUUCCGCUUCCUGUUCAACGAGAGUAGUACAAGAAACGAGGCUAAAGCGAGGGUGUUUGCUUGCACCUUCUGCAAAAAAGAGUUCUCUACGUCUCAAGCCUUAGGAGGACAUCAGAACGCUCACAAGCAAGAGCGAUCAUUGGCUAAAAGGCGUAAAGAGAUCGAAAUCAACUAUCCUGAACUCUCCAUCUACAGCCAGUACCCGCCAAGUGGACUUUCCUUCAGCAGCAGCUCCUCGCAGUAUGAUCUCGGGGUUCGUUACAAUCCUAACAUUGCUAAAACUACUAAGCCCUAUCCGUUCAACAUCUUCGCAUGUCGAUUUGGAUACAGAGGGGGACUAAAUUUCCCUCCCAUGUCUCACCUCUCGGUUCCAAAGACAGACGAUUUGUCCAUAAACUUGAUUUCAAAUCUAGAGGGCAGCAUUCACGACCAAGCCGUAAAAAAAGAUCAACCUGAAGCUGAUCCUUGCAAGGAUUCUGAUAUAGACUUGUCCCUUAAGCUAUAG